AUGGAAUAUUUUUCAGAUAAUCUACGGACUGAGGAAUUCUGUAAAAUUUUUUUAUUUUUACAUAUUAAGAAUUGGUAUUUCGAUAAACCGCAAACAACGACUCUCUCUCUCUCUCCCUUUCUUUUCUCUUCUCUCUCUCUCUUCUCUAUCUAUCUAUCUAUCUAUCUAUCAUAUUUGUAUGUAUGUAUGUAUGUAUAUGUAUGUGUGCAUCUAUAUCUAUUUAUUAUCUAUAUUCUAUCUAUCUAUCUAUCAUCUAUACUGCCCCUGUCCAAUAUCUAUCUUUUAUCUAUCUAUCUAUCUAUCUAUCUUGCUCUGUCCAUAUAUAUGUAUGUAUGUAUGCAUAUCGCAUCCAUUAUCUAUCUAUCUAUCUAUCAUCUAUCUAUCUAUCUUUCUAUCUAUCUGGCUCUGUCCAUAAAUGUAUGUAUGGCACAUUUAUCCAUCUUCUAUCUAUCUAUUAUCUAUUUUGAACAAGAUCUAUUAUAUCUAUCUAUCUGUCCAUCUGGCUAUGACUUUUAUCUGUCUAUCCCCCAUCCAUCUAUCUAUCUAUCUGUAUCUAUCUAUCUAUCCAUCCAUCUAUCUAUCUAUCUGGUCAUCCAUCAUCCAUCUUCCUCCAUCCAAUUAUCCAUUGUUCUUUCUAUCUAUCCAUCCAUCCAUCAAAAUCCAUUCCAUCUAUGA